AUGCAUAUUGAUUGUUUGCAAUUUCAAGACAUUCAUGUCAGUCACAUCCCGAGGUCGAAAAAUGAUAAAGCUGUUGCGCUAGCUAAUUUGGCUACAUCGCUAACGCUACCUGAUGAAAGGGAUAUCCAAAUCACUGUUGGGGAACAUCAUUUACUACCCCCAACUAUAGAAAGAAUUGAAGAAGUUGUUGAUUCAAACGUCAUUACAGCUUCCGAAUAUGAGGAAGAACUAGAUGAUCUCGAUUGGCAUCAUCCCAUAAUCAAGUAUCUGCAACAUGGCAAAUUGCCAAAUGACUCAAGGAAAAAGGCUGAAGUUCAACGCAGAGCCACCCGGUGUCUGUCGAAACAAGACGCAACUAAAGCCCAUCAUGAUACUCAUGCUGGUACUUGCGGUGCUCAUCAAAAGAUAAUAUCCGACAAUGCAUUGUAUUUCAAGUGCAAGUCCAUGACCAAGUUGUGCGAGAAGUAUAUGUUUCAGCACUCGUUUUCCGCGAGUUACAAUUCGUCGUCAAACGGUCAAUCUGAAGCUUUCAAUAAGAUACUGUGCAACAUCCUAAAGAAGAUGAUCUCAGGAAAUAAAAGAGACUGGCAUGAGCGCCUCCCUGAAGCAUUAUGGGCUUAUAGGACGACCAUACGCAAUUCAACAAGAUGUACACCCUACAAUUUGGUGUUUGGCUUCGAGGCUAUUCUACCAUUAAAAGUCCAAUUGCCAUCGUUAAGGGUAGCUUUACAGUUGGCAAACCCUGACAAAAAUGCAAAUGUGAGACUGGCAGAGCUUAAAGCUCUCGAUGAGAAAAAACUGGUAGCUCAACAAAGGCUCGAAAUAUAUCAAGCUCAGGUUGCAUGGGCAUUCAACAGAAAAGUUAAGUUCAUAUCUUUCUCAAUUGCAGAUUUGGUUUUAACUGUCCAAAGACCAUUUGUCAUUACCAGGAAAAUGCACGGUAAGUUUGAACCCAAGUAG